AUGGCAAACGAAGACCACGAACAACUCAACAACAAUGGCUCAUUCAACCAGCACUACCACCACCCCAUGAACCCACCCGAAGCGAUGACAGCCAAAUCGGCCUCAUCUUCACCAAUCGAUUCUAAGUUCCAACCAGUCCCUCCUCCUGAACCAGGCUGCUCCGAAUCAGCAUCAUGCUCGAAAAACAAUGUCAACCAAGCCAUCCCAUCUAAAUCUCAAUCGAGCACCGGGCCUUCUGAAUUCGUCAAGAAGCUCUACAAGAUGCUAGAAGAGCCUGAAUCUGAAUCAGUCGUCGGAUGGGGCGCUCAGAGAACUACCCUGGUCAUCAAGGAUCAGAUCUUAUUCCAAAGAGAUAUCCUCCCUAAGCACUUCAAACACUCAAACUUCGCCAGCUUCGUCAGACAGUUAAACAAGUACGAUUUCAGGAAAAUCAAAGUCUCAUCGGCUCUCAACCAUCAUUCCCAGAGCACACCCAACAAUAAUAACUCGGACCCUCAAUUACCGAUUCCUCAGGCUCUCAACCCUCCUCACAAUCAGAAUGCUGGUUCAUUGCAAUGGGAAUUUUACCAUCCACACUUUCGAGCGGAUACGUUAUCUGAAUUAGAUCACAUUAAACGCAAAGUCCCGGCUACACGUCAGAAGCCUGUCGAGAAUCCAUCUCAGACCGAGUGUCAGUCAACAAACUACAGCGGCGAGCGGACAGAAGAUAUCGUCAAUAGACUGAUGAGCCACCAACUCGAGACUACCUCUGCAUUAAACCAACUCACUAAAGAAUGUCGAAGUUUACGAGAGAAGCUUGACCAGGCUCACAACAGAUUGGAUCUCCAACAACGUCAAAUCGAUCGAUUAACUGACCCCAACUCCCGCCAUCAGCCAUCACAUCAAUAUCUGGAAUUAACAUCACAACCAAUGCAAAACUCACUUACCUCACAUUCGAUUAAAGUUAUGGAUCCAAUUGAUAGUCCUGACGAGGUUUCUAAUCAGACCAGCAAGCCGCUUGAUCAUAUCACGACGUCCUUCAUCAUGACCCCUACUCAAUAUAUCGCGACAAAUAUCAACUCAAUGAUAGCACCGGUUCCACGACAGUCAGCGAAGCUUAACAGAUGGCCAGGACAACCUCGAGUGUUGAUUGUAGAAGAUGAUCACAUCUGUCGCCGCCUCUCGUCGGCGAUUUUGGAAUUGAUGGGAUGUCAGAUCGAGUUCGCUUGUGAUGGCUUGAACGCGGUCUCUAGAAUGAAAACUCAAAUUGAUGCACAUGACCCCUUCGACCUCGUCCUCAUGGAUAUCUACAUGCCAAACAUGGAUGGUCUAUCAGCCACUAGUCUAAUCCGCAAAUUCGAUUUGAAAACUCCCAUAAUCUCCAUGACUUCAAAUUUUCAGCCUGUCGACGUGCUUAAAUACAUUAAUAUCGGUAUGAAUGAUUGCCUGCCCAAGCCAUUGACCAAGGAAGGGAUGAUAAUUAUGUUACAAAAGCAUUUGUUCAAUCCACCGACAGGAGUCAAUUUGAUUGCUGAGGGCAACGAAUCAGAUUCGGGUUCGAUCAAUUCAAACCCCCAUCCCCCACAGUCGUCCACAUCCCCACCCGGAUCGCCAAGACGUUCCCAGCUACAAUGUCGGCAACCUUUUUCGUCCUCGGCGACCUCCUCCUUACCUUAUAUGACCGACAUGGCCAGGAAUCUUAAACGACCCUGUUACUCACAAGAUCAAGUCGAUUUUAUCAACAAUGUCCAUCAGAAUGAUCGCGAUGAGCAUAUCGACUCUACCUCUUUUAACUUCAACCUUAUCGACCAUUUUCAUGGCCAGAAUGGCCCCCAUCCCGACUCAUCUAGUCCGCAAAACCCCCACAAACGCUUCAAAGUUUGA